AUGGCGACGAGCGAAAAUGUGACCGUCUACAACCUUCUUCCGAGUCCACCCAAGUGGGACAAAGUCAGCAUUUUCUUCGUCUCCCUCUGCGGCACCUGGAGCACUCUCGUUUUUGCGGGAAUGCUAUUUUGCUGGUUCAAUAGUCGAAGUCCUGUGCUGAGAGCUCGCGGGCUUCCUAUCUCUUUCUCCGCCAUUCUUUUGCUGCAUACCUACUGGAUUCUCGCUCAACUCAUUUACCCCUUUGGAAGGACACUCCCGAUUCUUGCCACGUAUGACAUCCAGUACUUCUUCAUGAGCAUCUGGUUCCCUCUUGGCAUCGCUUUGUUACACGCUUCAAACAGUCGCUUCAUCUAUAUUGGCAAGCUGCAGAGGCAAUUCGCCAGUCAACCUCUGGUUCGGGUGAAGUGCAAUGGCGGUGGUUCUUCAGUGCUCUGCCGGUUUAGAAACUUGGACUACACAGGCAAACUGAUGAUCCUAACUAGUGUUGGAAUGAUCUUGCAGGUCGUGCUCGCUAUCGGCAUGUGGGUGGCUUGUCGCAAGUAUCACCCUGCCUAUGGAAUCCCAGGGACAGAGAUCCACGGCGACAACCUUUCAGAGCAGAUAAUCAACUUAGGGAGGGGGUUAGAAUGGUGGCCAUCAGUUCUAUGGCAGGUUCUUUUGGCCUGGAUGGUAGCACCCAUUCUGACCUGGCGGGCUUGGGGAAUCCAUGAUACUAUGGGUUGGCGCACCCAGACUAUUGGUUGCUGUAUCUCCAACCUCCAUGCGACGCCCAUGUUCCUAAUUGCGCAGUAUGUUCCAGCGUUCGAGUCUAUCAAUGAUUACUUCCACCCGAUCCAGUGGAUUAAUCUGUCCAUCAUGAUGUUUGAAAUAUCCACAGUCUUCAUCCCCGUUUUCCAAGUCAUCAAACUACAGAUGCAAUGUCGCAAGGCGGCUGCGUCCCACGCGAGGUGGGAAACAUCCUUCCAGGCCACCGCUAUGGGGUUAUCCCACCUUUUCAGCCAAGUGCGCAAGGAAUCAGCGAUGUCAAUGGAAGCAGGUCCUAUCAUGGAUCAUCUACUCAGCGAAGAGAUGAGCGAUCAGGUAAGCACCAUGGGUGCGCUCGAGUUCGUGUUGAGAGCAAACCCAAGCCCCCUCCAGGACUUCGCUGCGCUCAACGACUUCUCUGGGGAGAACAUCGUCUUCCUCAGCCGAGUCGCCAGUUGGAAGUCAGCUUACUCCGAUGCCAUCCAGGGACCGCGGGAGCUGGAGGCUUACAACGCCGCGCUGCAGAUAUACACCGACUUCAUAAGCCCUCGUUCUGCAGAAUUUCCUCUGAAUUUGUCGGCGACACAGCUCAAGUGUUUGGAGGAAAUCUUCGAGGAGCCUGCGCGUUCGCUGAGUGAGGGGGCAAACAUGGACUCCGCCACGCGCUUCGACAUUGAGCAACCAGAAUCGGUUUCUUCACUGCCAAGGUCAAACUUGGGGCAGAGCAGCGGCGCGCAAGAGGCGAGGGCGAGGUACAUGGGGGAGCUCCCACGCGGGUUCAGCAACUCCGUCUUUGACACCACCCACAGCAAUGUCCUGUAUCAGGUUCUGACCAACACGUGGCCUAGGUUCAUAGAGGAGAUGAAAGAGCGGAAGAGAGUGUCAGGCCAGACGGACUACGCCGAGUCGAGUGCCUCGUCACGGUCACUCAUCGGGCGUAUCCCAAGUCUUUUUCGCACCACCUCCCGAGGUUAA